AAAUCAAAAAGAGAUUAUAGGGCAUUUAUUUUCUUCCUUCCGCCAUGGCGGCGAGUCUCUUCGGCAUGUUCUUGCAUCUCGUCGCGUCGCAAAUCGCGACUCGGAUAAUCUCCUUCGUCUUCAAUGUUUUGGUCACGCGCCGCCUCUCCCCGGGCGACUAUGGAUAUUCUCUGCAAUUCCAGCUCUUGAUCACCACGAUUUUAUUCCUGAGCCGGGAAGGAUUCCGGAGAGGUUGUCUUCGAAGCAAUAACGAAGGAGAGAAUGACAAGGACGGGGGAACCGCUGAAUUCGCAAAGGUUGCCAGCGUUGCCUGGCUCACUGUCCCGGCAGGCAUUGCGACAUCAAUCGCUUCAUGUGCCAUUGUUGUUCUGUGGAAAAGAGUGGAGGUCUCCAGAGCUUACGAAAGAGCUGUCAUAAUCUACGGUUGUGCGGCUGUGUUUGAGAUCUUGAGCGAGCCAUUCUAUAUAAUCGCGCAGAAUCUGUGCCUUGUAAGGUUGCGUGUUGUUAUUGAGACAUCAGCUUCACUCGUUCGGUGCUUUACAUCGUAUGGUCUGCUCGUCAGAGGAAUAGGAAAAGAGGGAGGACUCGUCUUUGCGUAUGGUCAAGUGGCAUAUGGUUUGUGCCUCUUCCUUGGGUAUUGGGGAUAUUUUCUCGUUUUCCACCAAAGUACCAAGCGACUUUUAAACAGGAGGGUUCUCUGUCAUCCUGAUAAAAAGCUGCUAUCAAUGUGUGGACUGUUCACACUUCAAUCGAUUCAGAAGCUGGUUCUCCAAGAAGGGGAGAAAUUUGUCCUGGUUUUCUUCGAAACAACGUAUAAUCAAGGAGUCUACGGUUUAGUCGAGAACCUUGGAAGUUUAGUAGUUCGUACUCUUUUGCAACCUCUAGAGGAAAGCGUUUUCACCAUGUUCUCGAAGGCUUUCCAAGAAAAGUCCACGAAACAACAGCAGAACUUGGAGAACAGCUUUGUACUGGCCACGAAACUCGUCAGCAUUGUAGGCCUCACGUUCGCGGCGUUCGGUCCGAGCUAUUCGUAUGUUCUGCUAAAGCUACUGUACGGUGAACGAUGGAGCGAUGGGGAAGCUCCUAUUGCUCUUGGUGUUUACUCCAUUUACGUCAUGGUUCUCGCGGUAAAUGGUGUUACGGAAGCCUUCGUGCACGCUGUUCUCACCAAGGAGCAGCUUGUCUCAGCAAACAGUUGGCUCCUCAUGUUUUCGGUGAUUCACAUCGGUGUCAGCCUUGUUUCCGUCCGAAUGUGGGGCUGCAUUGGACUAAUACUUGCAAGUGCCUUCAAUAUGAUCGUCCGUAUUGUGUACUCGACAGUUCACAUUCAACGACUUUUGAAGGGAGCACUGUGGAGGGCAUUGCCCGCAAGACAAGUCUUCCUCGCACUGGCUGGAGGAGCUGUUGUGGCUCGUUUAACUGAGGGUCUGAUUCUAGAAAAGAACGAGCGAUUCAACAAAACAGUUGGCCUACACGUCGCAGCGGGAGUCUUUUCCGUAUCUGUCCUCGCCACUUCAAUAUACAAACACGAGUCGUCCGCUAUCCAGGAACUUCGAAACAACUUUCUUCCACGCAAGGACCGCAAAGACGAAUAAACAUUAGGGGGAGGAUUCAAACACGCAACCCUUUGAGGUGAAAGUUUGGGCUCCGCCGCGAGGUUUGUUUUUCGUUUAUCAGCAUCAGGGAGAAAUUUCAACGAGAAAAAGGUUGAAGCUUCUAACUGUAAAACAGCGGAUCAUUAAGGAAAAAAUUCGCUCAGGUAGAUA